CUAUAUAACAAAUAAUUUGAGGUAGCAAGAUUUUAUAACAAGAUGGGUCAGUGGUUCGCCAGAUUGUUCUCUGGUCUUAUUGGAACUAAAGAGUUAAGGAUACUAAUUUUAGGGCUAGAUGGUGCUGGAAAAACUACUAUUUUAUACAGAUUACAAGUGGGUGAGGUAGUCACUACUAUUCCAACUAUCGGAUUUAACGUUGAGACUGUAGAUUAUAAGAACAUGAGGUUUCAAGUAUGGGAUUUAGGCGGUCAAACCAGCAUAAGGCCGUAUUGGCGAUGUUACUACAGCAAUACAGACGCUAUAAUAUAUGUGGUAGACAGUGUAGAUAGGGAGAGGAUAGGUAUCUCCAAAUCAGAGCUAGUCGCUAUGUUAGAGGAAGAAGAAUUAAAAGACGCCAUCUUAUGUGUAUUCGCUAAUAAACAGGACAUAGAGGGCGCUAUGACACCUACAGAAGUUUCCCAAGAAUUGGGCUUGUCGGCACUUAAAACGAGGACGUGGGCCAUUUUCAAAACCUCAGCUGUGAAGGGGGGACUCGGGCUGGAGGAGGCCAUGGAAUGGUUGUGUAACGCUAUUAAAACGAAACAGUGAUAAAGUUCACGUGCCGCUUGUUACCACGGACUCCCUAAAAGUGCGGUUGCCAGGGCAACUAAACUAUGAUUAUAAGACUAGCAGUAAAUUGUG